AUGGGACCGGACCAGAAAUACUCUUGGAAGUGUGUGGAGUGCAGAAGUGCGGAGCCCAAGACGGACAACUCAAACACGCCCGUACGCGUUGGUAAUACGACACACGGACACGCUAAUGUCAAUAUGUGCAGGGGUGCGCGGACUCAGGUCGUCAUGAGCCCCGUGGAGGACGAGGGCAACAGUUCCGUCAUGGAGGUGUCGUACACUGACGGCAACUUUCACAACACCACCCCGCGCGACAACGGGAUGGACUCGACCCGCGUCACCGACACGCAGCUACUGAUCACCGAGCUCCGGCUCUUCCGCGAGGAGUUACGCGCGAUGAGCCAGCAGAUACACGCUCUUCGCGCGACCCUGACGAGCCUGACAGCUAGGAUCGAUGGCUGCGAUGGGCGCAUCGACGAGCUUUGUGCCCGUGUUGAGUCGCUGGAGAGCAGGCCGCGGUCGAAUGAUAGCGGCGCCAACACAUCUCUCGCCGAAACUGUAUCGCAGCUUAGGUUAGAGCUCAACGACCGCGAGCAGGCGUUGUUACUAAAUGACAUCGAAAUAUCAAGUGUGCCAGAGAGUCAGGGCGAAAAUGCGAUGCAUUUGGUGACAACCCUGGGCCAAAAGUUAGGGGUUGAACUCACCGAGCACGACAUCGUCGACGCUACGCGUGUGGGGCACGCGCCUCAGCUUGAGGAGGGUGUCCACGGGCCGGCAGCGCGACCGCGGCCCCUCGUCGUGCGCCUGGCGCGCCGCGCCGUCAGGGACCGCCUGCUCCAGGCUGCGCGGGUGCGCCGCGGUGUCACCACGGAAGGCACUGGCAUCCCUGGGCGAACGUGCAGAUUUUAUGUCAACGAGCGGUUGACGCCCCACAACCGACGACUCCUAUACAAGGCGCGGGAGCUGAAGCAGCAGUUCUCCUGGCGGUAUGUCUGGACCCGCGACGGUAAAAUCUUCGUACGGCAACAGGCUGGGACGAGUUCGCCCCGAUACCGCAUACGCACUGAAGUAGACCUGGAGCGUGUUUUUGGUCGAUGAUAGGUUUGUUCGUAACUUUGGCUUCGUAACAUAUUUGUCUAACGUCACUCACGUCUGUCUGUCAUUGCCACUGUGGCCGCUGGUAUUUUUUCACUUGUUCAAAAAACGUGCACUACGUGGAUACAACACAUACACACCUUACACUGGCUAUUUUAACAUGAACUCAUUUUUGCACUUUGUUUACUACAUAUUUAUAAUUAUACUUGUACUUUAUAUUAUAUUUACACGACACUUUACUCAUUUUAUACAACCGCACGCUGAGAUUCACUUUUACACAAAUAACCUCAAAUCCACAUCGCUUACGGUCCCCGCGCUUGGUUGCAAUACUUGUACUGCAAAACCGGUUCUGUCUAGCUAGCUGCCCGCUUAUCUUUAAGCGCUAUAAAAGUGUCUAGAAAUCAACUACGAAUCGGUUUGUACAACGCAGGCUCACUAGGUACAAACCAUGAUAAUUUUAUAGCAACCUGCACUCGAUUAGACAUGGACGUGUUAGCUGUUAAUGAGACGUGGCUGAGAGGGGGGGAUGAAUGCCGGGCUCCUGUGCUCUCGGGGUGCAGGCUUCGCCACACUCCGCGACCACAGGGUUCGCGCUCACGUGGUGGGGGGGUCGGGUUCUACGUUAAACGUAAUUUCACUGCCCGCAAUUUGCCACACCCUGUAGACCCCAAACACAAAACGGUGGAACAAAUGUGGUUAUAUAUAACAGUUCAAGGCAAAAAAAUCGUAAUCGGUACAGCGUAUCGCCCACCUUGGCAAGAUGUUGACCUAUUCUUAGACGCCAUUUCUGACACGAUUAGCUCAAUUAGUUAUGACCACUUAAUACUUAUGGGUGACUUUAAUAUUAACUUAUUUAAUACCAAUGACAUCAAAACAUCAAAGUUAAACAAUUUUUUAUCUAGUUUUAAUUUAGCACAAAUAAUAACAGAGCCAACACACUUCACUAAUACCAGCCAGACAUUAAUUGACGUGGUUAGCACCGAUUUAAAUGCCAAAAAAAUUAAUACUGAGCUUGUAGGGUCGCUCUUUGGGCAUUGCAUUAUUAUGUGCGAAUUCGCAUUUAAACGGGACAAACCUAAGCCGUACACUAUACUGCACAGGCCCAUUAAUAACAUUAAUCUCUCACUUAUUGAUACCGAUUUGCGUAGUGUGAGGUGGGAUCUGAUGUCUGUAUUGCCGAAUGUUAAUGAAAAGGUAGAAGCAUUAAGCAGGCAAAUAGUUUAUGUAUUUGACUUGCAUGCAUCCAUGAAAAUAUCUACAAUAAAGGGCCCGUCAUAUCCUUGGAUCACUGAUACAGUAAAACUAAUGAUGCGUAUGCGUGACCAGGCUGCCGCAGAGUAUCAUAAAACCGGUUCUGAGAAUAAAAGACUGUAUUAUAAGGACCUAAAGUCAAUUGUAAAUGUAGCUAUAUAUAAUGAAAAGUCGGCUUUUUUUAAAUACAAUAUAAAUAACAAAAUUAAGGAGCCGAAAUCCCUUUGGAAAAAUCUAAAAACUACUAUUCUGCCUCAAAAUAAUAUAGAUUUGCCAGCUACUCUCAGCGACCCUAAUAUUAUAAAUAAUCAUUUUUUAGACUUACCUAUUGUAUCACAAGUAUCAAUUUCUCAGCUGACUUACUUCGAGUUCCACAGGUACGACAAGUCUAUGUUUCAUAUUGAGCCAGUUAGCCCCGAUAAAUUGCUAAAAAUUGUUUCAAAACUCAAAUCGAAUGCGGAAGGGCAUGAUCUAAUUAAUUUAAAAAUGCUUAUUAUGACAUUUCCAUAUACUAUAGAUUUAAUAACUGAUGUGGUAAAUACUUCCAUUCUAACCUCUACUUUUCCCGACAUCUGGAAAACCGCCAUUGUGCGCCCACUGCCUAAAAUCUCUAACCCUUCCGAAUUAAAGGACCUGAGGCCCAUCAGCAUAUUACCGUGUAUGUCUAAGAUUCUAGAAAAGAUUGUAUGCACACAAUUAAAUGACUACAUUGAGAGCAACGGUAUCUUGCCCGAUGUACAAUCAGGUUUCAGGAAGGGACGCAGUACAGUGACAGCCCUGCUUGAUGUCACAGAUAACAUACUCUGCGCACAGGAUAGAGGCAUGUGUACACUGCUUGUACUGCUUGAUUUCUCUAGGGCAUUUGACUGUAUCCAUAUAGACCUAUUACUGUCAAAGCUAAGCUAUUAUGGUUUCGAUACCAGUGCACUGCGCUGGUUUCACAGUUAUCUCACUGAGCGGCACCAGUAUGUAAAACUGUGCUCAAAUGAUGGAAUAACUAAAAUCUCAGCAAACAAGGCCCUCUCACAAGGCGUACCUCAGGGAUCGAUACUCGGCCCAAUCCUGUUUAUUUUAUAUACAGCAGACAUCAGAACUCGCAUUACACACUGCAAAUAUCAUAUUUAUGCAGAUGAUAUUCAGAUAUAUAUUGCUUGUAAACCAUCAGAAAUUGAUAGUGCUAUAGAAAAACUAAAUAUGGACCUUGCAAAUAUAGCGUCUUGGGCAUUCGACAAUAAUUUAAUGCUAAACCCAUCUAAAACAAAAUACCUUAUCUUUGGCACCAAAACCCAGUUAAACAAUAUCAGACCCACUAGGGAUGUAAUGUUAUCCGGUGAACCAAUAGAAAGAGUAUAUGAGGCUCGAAAUCUAGGCUUAAUCAUGGACAGCCAACUAAGAUUUGGGAAGCAUGUUGCUCAAACUGUUAGUAACUGUUUCUAUAGACUUAAACUACUCUAUAAUAUACGACCAUUUAUUAAUGAAACCUUGCGCAUUCAAUUAAUUGAAACACUUGUUCUGUCCAAACUAAACUACAUGGAUUUGGUGUAUGGCCCACGUCUCCUAUCAAAAACAAAACGACUCAUACAGAGGGUGCAAAAUGCUUGUGCUCGGUACUGCUUCAAUAUCCCGCCACGAGCCCAUGUUACUCCAUAUUUAAAUAAACACAAUAUUCUUAAAAUGCUGCACCGACGCAAGCUUCAUCUGGCAGGUCUCCUUUUUGGCGUAGUAAAAUACAAAUCCCCAUCAUAUCUCUUCGAGAAGUUGUCAUGGAUGUCCACUCGCAGGUCACUUGGGGCUCGUAAUUGCAGUGUACAAUUGAUGACACCUCGUCAUGCGUCGGCGGCUUUCCGUGGGAGCUUUA